AUGACUAAAAUAAUAGUGCAUCUAAAAGAUGCCAAGUAUAACAGAUGUGAGCAGGUGGAACACACUUGUUAUGGUUAAGACAUUAUCAAUUUUCAAAUGUUGAGCUGUUAGUUACAAAAGAAGUACUUGCAUGAUGUCAAACGAAAAAACAGACAGGGCCGUUUGGAGAAAAUCCAAAAGAGUUUUGUAGUUUUUGCUUCCUCUGUUUGGAAAAGAAUAAAUAUUUUAAUCAUGACCAAAUUAAGGGGAAAAAACAAUGUAUUUUGUUUUCAUGCUCCUCUUUCAGUCUCAUUCACCCCACAUAUUCAGGCUAUUCAAUACACAUCAUUCACUCAAUGAUGAACAUCAGGGGUUGAUGACAAGUAAAUACAGGUGGUGUAGUACUGUACUCUGUCUCUUUUCCUCCAGAUAAACAUACCAGAAAAACAUGGUGAACCUUUGACUGCAGCCUCUUUCAGGGUUGCUGGUAGCGGUUUAGGGCCCCCUGAAAAUCCCAAAUAGCAUUCCACUCCAGCAUGUGACGGCCGCCCUGACUCAGCCCGAGAAGAGUCACUAGCGGAUCUGCCGCAUGUCACUUCGCAGCAUUGCUGACGUCUGGACAGUCUGACUCGCAAUUCUCCGCCACAUCUGUUGGUGUGUUUUGAGGAAAAUGCAGGAGCCUAAAUGCUCUCCGGUGUCCUUUUCAUGAUGUUAAUAGCCCCACUUUGAGGCUAGAGGAGACUAAAAGGCUAUAAAUAAAUAAAUAAAUAAAUAAAUAAAUAAUAAAUAAAUAAAUAAAUAAAUAACUACAUAGAUCUGAUUCCAAAAUUCGUAGAUUCCUCCUCAGCUCCUCUGAUUCCAAGAUGUCAUUUGUUAAGGGUCAUUCCUCCAAAUUUGUCCCAUUCGCAAAUACACGAUCAAAUCAACUGUAAAAUGUUUUAUAUUGAGCAAAGUGUCCUAAAAAUGUAACUGACUUCAUAUUUAAUACAUACAAUUUAAAAUAUUCAUCUAAACCACCUUUGUUGCACUUCCAUGCCUCCUAAAUUCAAAACUUCACCAUAAAAUAUGAUAACGAAAAUUAUGAUGAGUCAUGAGCCUAUCUCAGAAUUCCGGAAAAGUCCACAAGUCACAUAUUCCAAGGAAGGUUGCAUAAUUCGGCUCAGAUGCAGCCCUAUUGGAAGGCCAAAAGUAAGUUCACGCAUUUAUUUUUCUGUAUGUUUGACAAUAUUCAAAGUACGACUUGGAGGGAGAGUCGAAAUCUCAACGUGGUCCGUUACUUAAAUUUUUUUUUUUACUGCAAUUUGGCAAGUAUUAGCAUGCUAUUUGCAUAAAUGCUAUGUGACUCUAUUUCAUAUAUUAAUUGUAUGCUUAAGACUGCUGUUAUUUUCUGUCCUGUUACGCCAAUGAGUAGUUUUGCUGUAUUAAAAGAAAAGAAAAUUAGCUGAUAUGGAUCAAAACAGAUCUUGUGUUAUCAGAUUUAGAUUUGGAAAAGGGUUGCCAGUGUUACAGGCAAAUGCCACCGAUUCAGUGGAAUGGCCCAAAUACACCAACAUUGAUACUCUGGUCAUAGUACGGCCUUCUUUAUCUCCUUCCUCCAAUGCUGCUAUUCAUUCAGAGUAGUUUCACAGUUUACGGUGUAAGUCAAAAUAAAGAUUGAUUGAUUUGAGCGGGUAUUCAGUGAUGCUACGUUAAUGGUCUGGACAAGUUAAAAACCUAAACUAUCCACAGGCGGCUUAUGCAUCAAGUAAAUCAGGAUAAGUAGGGCUGGGAUGAGGUGAAGCACCUGAUCCUCUUAAGGCCUCCAUCAAGCCGUCUCAGCUCACCAUCAAACCUGCAAAUGCUAAUAACAAAUAUGCUAGAUUUUUAUCAAAUGGACAAUGAAAAAAAUGUGAUUCUUUGUGGAGAAUGAGUGCGCUCUCUCUGGGUGCUUUAGCUUAAUCCACCUGUUUCGGUUAGUCAAAUGACCACACAAGGGAGUUACCGGUAUACAUGUGUAAAUAUCUUUCCAUUCCAGAUGAGAAGACAAUAUACCAAGGUGUGAUCCUGUCAGAAGGAGCCGGGCGGUCGGGGGUCAAUGGCCUCGACAUGUGACGAUCCCGACUUGGGCGAGGGCCCAUUUGAAGAUUCUGAGAGGAAUCUGGAUGAUUCCGACAAUGAAAGUGUCUUCUCUGAUGACUCGACGCUUCCUGAUUUUGAGAGUGACGCCAAGUAUGCAGAGUCUCCGAAGACAGUAUAUGAGGCAUGUGUUCAGAACGAUCCCGUCUCCCUGCGAAGGAUUCUGGAACGAGGCGUGACUGAGGAAGAGGCUAUGGAGCUGGAUAUUAACAGCAGGAAUGGACUGAUGGUGGCUGUGAGCAAAGGAUUUGUGGACAUCGUCACCACACUGCAUGUAUGCCCUCUAAUAGACGUAAACCACCAAGAUAAUGAUGGCAACUCUGCACUCAUGAUUGCAGCCCAGGCUGGUAAGUUGCACCACAAUUGGGCUACCACACACCCAGGGAUCAGGCCACCAUUCAUUUCAGGCCAGUGUUUUCUUUAUCCAGGCUUUGUCACUAUUCUAAACUACAUUCUCAAUUACUACUCUGGUGUGGACACUGAGGUUAGGGAUCCCCGUGGCUUUACUGCCCUGAUCAAGGCAGGCUUGCAGGGCAGAGAGGAUUGUGUGUCGUCCCUGCUUAUGCACGGUGCUGAUAUGAACGCAAUGGACUAUGUUCAAGGGCGCGGUCUGAAAGAUUGGGUUUUGAAGACGGGAAGAUUUGAGACAUUGAACAGAAUACGCUAUCUACAGGCUCAUCCUGUCGCUGAACAGUUUUGUGCCAGCUACGCACCUGAGUGGCCAGAGCUCAAGCAGCUGGUGGAAAAGGCGACCGCCACUAAAACCACGGGUCAGAAACUGCGGCAGCGCUUAAAGGACAGCUUCUCGUUCAGCUUCCCUCAGGACCCCCAGGAAAAUGGGGUGAUGGACCACAUGGUGCGUAUGACUACAAGCAUCCACAGCCCCCUCGUAGCCACUGCUUGCCAUCCGCUGUGUCCCAGCAGUCCCCCAGAAAUCGGGAAAAGGCGCUUUGCUGUUCCCGAACUACUUGAGAAGCAUAGCAUCAAGGAGCUGGAGGAAAGCACCGUGUCUCACAGCAACAGCUCUCUUGCCUCCUCUUCUCCCAGCGCUGCAUCGGUCACCUCGGUGUCCCUGACCUCCUGCUGCCAGAAGGCAGAGCGCAGGGAGAGCGCACCACCCGGUGGCAUAAGAGGUUUUAUUCCUCGCAGCAUGGCACACAGGAACAGCAUAUUCCCCUCUGGAUGUGUUCCAAAAAUUGAAGUGACCAGAUCUGGCGAUCCUACGCCGAAGAAAGAGAAGAAGAAGAAAAGACAAAAGGGCUACCUGGAGCCUCCUGUGUGGAAGUACAAGGAGGCCAAGGAGGAAAAAAAGAGGGAGAAGAAACAAAAGGAAAAGGAAUUAGAGCAAGAGAGAAUAUCCAAGGGGUCCAAAAAUAGAAACCAAACAUGACCCAAAAUGAACGUUUCCAUAGAAGAUUGUUGAUUCUGUUGAAGACUAUUUUGAGACAAAGAUUGUAAAUGAGGUGAUAGGGUAAAUAUUCGAUGCGGACUGAGGUUUUACAAACAUGCCCUGUUCUCUGAUUAGGUUUUAGCCAUUUGUAUACUGUACGUCCAUAAAACAUAAAGAAGCUGUUUUAAUGGGUAGUGAAAGUGUCACUUGCUGUUGCGCUGGCAUUAUUUUAGCAAGUUAAAGUGCCUGGAAAGUGAAAUUUUACACACAACAGAGAGCUGUCGUUAACCACCCUGGCAAAUUUGAAUGAUUCAAACAAGUUCCCAACUUCAAAUUUGGAAAAAAAAAUCUAUUUUUUUUACCUCCACUCUUAAACUCUGUGGCCAUGUCUGCUAAAUGUGUCAAACAACGUCCUGCUGAAAAGGAGAUUCUAUUUCAUUCAGCAAUUUCAUGAUCGCUACACAUUCCGUCAUGUUUGAUGAUCAAAGGUAUGUCCGGGAGAUGCUACUCACCAGAUACAAGUAGCUUGCAAGCUAACUUAAUUCUAGGACUCCUCUUAGUCGGCAAAUGAGCGGCAGGACAGUCCACAGCGUCACCUCAUCACUUGGAAUUCAAAUAAUGACACUGAGCUGUUCUGUAAAUUGUGAGGGCCAGGAAAGAUGCGCAUUUGAGGUCUUGGCAUCGCUAGCUUGCUAAACUGUACGCUGUGGUCAAAAUUAUAGGGUGGGGGAGGGGACAAUUCAUGUAGCAUGCCCGAGCGCUUCACUUAGUAGCUAUGCCCGCACAAAAAAAUCUGAAAAACUGAAAUGGUGAAAAAUAGUUUAACGCCAUGUCUGCACAAUUUUGUCAAAGUUUUCACGUUACACAAAAUGGUCUUCAAACGUAUAUUUACAGACAAAUCUCUCGAUUCACUUUACAGGUUCUUUAAGCACAGGGAUCAAAUUUUGACCCGUAAUAAGGAGGUCAUUUUUGGCCACUUUCAGUUUCAUAAUGAGGCAGCACGGUGACAGACUGUGUAGAGCAUUGGCCUCACAGUUCUGAGGACAGGGGUUCAGAUCCUGGCCCGGCCUGUGUGGAGUUUGCAUGUUCUCCCCGUGCCACCAUGGGUUUUCUUUGUGCGCUCCGGUUUGCUCCCACAUCCCACAAACUUGCAACAUUAAUUGGACACUCUAAAUUGCCCUUAGAUGUGAUUGUGAGUGCAACUUGUUCUUUGUCUGUAUGUGCCCUACGAUUGGCUGGCAACCACUGCAGGGUGUACCCCGCCUCCUGCCCAUAGACAGCUAGAAUAGGCUCUUGCACUCUCGCAACCCUCGUGAGGAUAAGCGGCUCAGAAAAUGGAUGGAUGGAUUGAAUGUCAUAAUGGGAAGCUGUUUUGACCACAAUGUAUGAUGAAUAUUUUGACUAAAGAAAAACACAGGGGCUACUAUAUCUUUCUCAAUGCAUAAUGUCGCAUCUACCAGAUGCUUUUUGCGUCCUCGUGGCAGGACUUUUAUCACAUUUCUCAGGGAGGUACACCCAUUAAUUUUCACUAAAUCUUGGGUUUUUUAUGCUACCUACCGCUGAACAGUCUGGAAAAAGAUUUUUCUGACUCAAAUGUACUG